UUCUCCACGGACUGGACGCUAGGGAAGCAUCAAGCUUGAUUGAAUCACAUAGCCUAUGCUACAAUAACGAGACGGCUAUUCGUCCGUUUAUCCUCAGAAGCAAGCCGUGCAUUUGAGCUGUGGAGGGGAGAUGUCGGCCAUGUACAAAGACGACCAGGAUGACUGGAUGACCGUCUGCCUCAAAUACCUCCUCUUCGUCUUUAACGUCCUCUUCUGGGUUGGUGGAGCGGCGGUGAUGGGCGUGGGCAUCUGGACCCUGAUAGACAAGAGUGACUACCUGAGCCUGCUGGCCUCCAGCACCUUCGCCGUGUCCGCCUACAUCCUCAUCCUGGCCGGGGCCCUGGUCAUGGUCACGGGCUUCCUGGGCUGCUGCGCCGUCAUCAGGGAGCAGAGGAGCUGCCUGUCCACGUAUUUCUGCUGUCUGUUAUUGAUCUUUCUCAUAGAGCUGGUGGCAGGAGUCCUGGCCUACGUGUAUUACCAGAGGCUCAGUGAGGAGCUGAAGCAGCACCUGAAUGAGACCAUGACAGAGAACUACGCCCAGCCAGGGAAAGAGGCCAUCACCCUGGCCGUGGACAGACUACAGCAGGACUUCAAGUGCUGUGGCAGCAACAACUCGUUUGAUUGGCUGCAUAGUGUGUACAUGACCUCGGCGGUGUCGGAGGGCAGGGUGGUCCCGGACAGCUGCUGUAAGACCAUCACCACCCUCUGUGGCCGCAGAGACCACCCCUCCAACAUCUACAAGACUGAGGGUGGCUGCAUCACCAAGCUGGAGCAGUUCCUGGCUGACCACCUGCUGAUCAUUGGAGCUGUGGGGAUAGGAGUGGCCUGUCUACAGAUCUGUGGGAUGGUGUUCACAUGCUGCCUACACAGAAGGAUUAAGUUGGAUCCUUAUUGAAUCCUACCAUCAAGCCCCCCAACACCAUCCUGCCUCAUGGCCCAGGGAGCAACGAUGCCUGCUGAACACUCAACCUUGACCUCUAACCCCUCCUGACCGCUGAACCUUACGAUCCAACCCUGCCUGGACCCUCCUGGAUCCUUCUGCACCCCUGCCUUGGCUUGGAUGCAUGCACAGCCCCCCCCCCCGCCUCUCUCAAAGACCAGGUCAAUGAAGAAGAGAUGAUUUGGUAUUUUGAUAUUGUUCUUUUCUGUAGUAAGCCUACUGCUGUUUAUGUAAGGUAGUUCUUACUCUAUGUUCUCAAUACAGUCAAAUCCUUACUGCAGAUUUCACAGUUCCACACAACUGGAAGGCAAACCGAAGUGGUUGUGACUGAGAAUCAAGUGUACUGUACACACUCUCAUGGUGUUGCUGCUUACGAAGGGUUAUUCAAUUAGUGCUAUAUCCAGUGUGUCACGGAUGUGGCCCACAAUGUGCCUCUGUCAUCCUUUUAUCACACAUUCUUUGAUAGCAGUGUUACACCAAUUUAAUGGUUCACCACAAAGGGAAUCCCAUGGUCAUCGAUGUUUGAUCUACGUCACAAAGAAAAACAGUCAUGAGUUGAUUGAUAUCCACAGAAUAAUCAAGCAGAUAUUGGGAAAACCCGUUGAUGUGUAUAUAGAUGAUAACUAAACUUGAUAUGAAUGAAAAUAGCACUAAACGCUGCUAAGAGUAACGUUGCACCUAACAUUUCUGUAUGUGUUGCCUCCGUAGUUUGACUAACAAAUCUGGUUCUGUGUUGUAUGCUUUGCUAAAGGUGUUGAUAUCGGCGAAGUCGCCUUUCUUGCAGUACCAUAUAAACCUACCACUCAUCUUUCAAUCCCAGGACCCAUUGACUUGUUUUACGACCACUUUUAUUAUGCUGGAGAAACAUGUUGUCAUUUACCACUGAUACAGGGUCAGAUAUUUCUCUGUCACCCUACUGGUUAAGAUUAGGAUUCAGGGGUUAUGGGUAACUUCUAGUUGAACAGGAGAGGUUUGAACUGUCAUGAGUCUGUCCUCUCCUCUGGUGUGGGUUAGGAUCCCCAUCCAGUGGUAGAUAUUGGUAUAUACUCCUGUGCAGCGCUCCUGUAGUAUUCUGUGUAAGUUUGCAAAAUUCUGGGAGAACUUUCAAUAAAUUCCCUGGUUUUCCAGAAAUCCUGUUUGGGGGAUUCCGGAUUUCCUGCUUAUUCCCUCCUGAUUCCAGGAUCCCUCCAACCGAGAUUUCAGGAAAACCAGGGAAUUUAUUGAACGUUCCCGAAAUUUUGCAACCCUAUUUCUGUCUGAUUGGUUGUGGAGCAGCCAGGCAUCCUUGCAUCGACUACUGCUUUUAAAGACUAACUACAUUCCUCUGAAGGCAGGAGAUAUAUUUACAUUUUAUUGUUUACUACGACUUAGAAAAUGUCUGACACAUUUCCACGAGAGGACACUUUCAAAGAGAGCGUUCAUUGGCUUGACUAUUGUCAAGGACACAUUCAAAUAGUAUUGGUUGUCCAUUACCAAGAUAGGACACUGGUCAUUGUUUUUUAGGAGUACUGGUAAUUCAGCUGACAAAUUCCAGUUGAUACAAUGACAACAAUCCUUUUCAAAGUUGUAUGGAUGUUUUGCUGUUAUUCCAAGAGAUGAAGACAUACAGAUGGUAUUUUAUCUAUUCCUCCAAGUGACCAACAGAAAGCUGUUCUUGUUGUUCAUGUAUUUUUCUAAUCUAAAUGGGUCAAAAUAUGAUAUAACAUUGUAGUAUGCAUAAUAUAAAAUAUAUAAUAAAACAUAUACGAUGUGA